AUGCUCACUUACAUUCUCAUGCUCAUCCCAAUUAUCUCGGCCAGCUCUCCAUUCUGGCUCACCGCUGAAGUUCAAAACAUUGAAUGGAUGGAAGGAUGCCUUACCACUGCUCUGUGUGCUCAGCCUCGCUUCCAGGUCGUGAAGGAUCUCAUGCCAAUCAGCGAGCGAGUUUCGAUCAACUGGCCAAUCAGCGAGCGCUUCUCCGCCGACAGCUCGAAACAAUUCGUCUCCUAUUGGCCGUCAGGAAGAGUCGAGGACAUUUCGAUUGCCGCUCAAGUCACCGGAACCGAUCGCACCUAUGGAUUCCCGAGAGUCUGCGAUCAGACGCCGUCGGUCCGCGUGUUUCCGGAAAUCGACGAGGCCUUCGAACAAGACGUCAACAACCGAACUUUCCAUGUCAAAGGGAAGUGCUUCGAUGCGGUCAUUCACGUCAGCAAACACACCGAACGAUGCCCAUGGUGUCCAGAUCCAGCGGAUAUGAUCAUCGGCAACGAGAUUCAGAUGCCAUCGGAAGCUUCUGCUUUGGAAUCGUCGAUCAACUCACUCGUCGGCUUCCUCUAUACCCCAUCGAGCAGCACCGAAUCUCUUCAAAUCGUCAUCAUUGUUCUCGCCGGAUUCGCCGUCCUCGCCUCCACUGCCUUCAGUUUGGUUCUCGUCCUCUUCUUGAAGUCGAAACGAUCCAACGUUCACAUCAACGUUAAGCCAAAGCUUAUUCCAUACAUCGAGGAAUCAAGAUACGAAUUGCCAUGGGACCAGAUGAACCGUCCACUCACCAAAUGGAUUUCUCCAUCAACAUGCUCCGGAAGAUCAUCGGAAGGAUACAACUCGUUCAGAAUCCCACCGCCACCGUCGUUCUCCCCAUACCAAUCCCCACCAGUUUAA